AUGAAUGAUACGAGUCAUUGCGUUCCGCAGAUUCGUAGUGGACGUGGUGACAUUGCAAAAAUACUGGAAUGGGGAAAGAAGAGGAGCCUCCGUCGUUUACAGGCCCAGCACCACCAGAACAAGGAGAAGGAGGAGACCGGCGAUACAGGAACUGAAACAGGAUCGACCAGCGCAUCAACGGGAACUGGAAAGAGGAAGAAGAAGAAGAAGGCUAAGAAAGUAAAACGAAAAAGAAGAAAGGAUCGUUACGAAUCACAAAAUUAUCUGUUACGAAUCGAAGGCACCCUAUGUUGUGCAUCAUUAAUAAUUGGGUUCGUCUGGCUAGUCUCAGUAUUCAUCGCAUUGAUUGCAUUCCUAGUUUGGGCAGAAUUUGACGUCACCGCUACUACAGAUUCAGUAAAAUAA